UGUAAAGAGCAAAGGGAAAGUUGAAUUGUACUCAACAACCAAUAACAGUUGAAGAUUCAACUGAAAGGUAAAAAGCAGAUAUUUAUGUUUUCUUGUACAGUUGCACAUUUUACCUGUUAAAAGUCAUUUCGUUUCAAGUUUUUUUAUGUUAUCCUAAGCAAUGAAAAUGUCUGAUUGUAAUAGUGAAAAAUUGGUUGAAAUUAAAAGUGAAGUUAAACCAAGUAAAUCAACUUCACUGUCUUUCGGUAUCAAUCAAAUUUUAUCAAACAAGUCAACCUCACCAACAACAACACCAACUCAACCACUAACACCAUUAACCCUCUCAACCUCACCUACAAAUUCACCUGUUAAUCUAUCUCAUUCACAUCAUCAUCCAUGGCUUCAUUCAUAUGCAUUUCCAUCGUUUCGUGAACAUCCGACAAUCAAGUGUCAGUUACGGAAACACAAGAGCAAUCGAAAGCCAAGAACUCCAUUUACAAAUCAACAGUUAAUUGCGUUGGAAAGAAAGUUUAGAAGUAAAAGAUAUUUAUCGAUUGCCGAGCGAGCCGACUUUUCCUCAUCGUUAAACUUAACCGAAACUCAAGUUAAAAUUUGGUUUCAAAAUCGUCGAGCCAAGGAUAAACGAUUGGCCGAUGCCGAACAGGAAAAAUUUAAUUUUGUACGAGACUCUAUUGCGCCUUUUUCCCCUUUCGGUGUACAAUUUUACCCAACUAUUCAUCAGAAUCAUCACCAACAACCGCCUCCUGCUCAUAUUGGAAAAGUGAUUUACCCAAUGCAAUUGAUAAAUUAACUAUUAAAUUUAAUUCCUUGU